GGCUGCCGUUGAACACUGGAAAGAAGAAGAGCAGUACCCGCCUCUUCCGGUCACGUGACGUUUUGUAUAGCUUUUGGCCGCGCGUCUUUUAGCAUUCGCGGGUGAUUCUUCUCUGCUGUACCCGGGAAAGUUCUCCCCAUUGCUUCCAAUAAUAUUUUACCUUUUGCAAGCGCACCCACUUAUAAAAAACGAGAUGUCUGACCUGGCCAGAGAUGGAAGACGUGAGAGAAACAGCACUGAACUGGACCACGACAGGUCUCAUGGCUCAUCACGGUGGUCACAAUGCAGGAAACGAGGGAUUGAUGGCAAUUUGCGGUUGAAGAGAGAUGAUGUUGAUAAUGAUGGUGAAGAUGACACUGACACAAACAACAGAAAUGCCAGUUUUACCACUCCGGAAAGCAGAAGCCAAGUGUCCCGCAUUGGUCAACGGGCUGACUGGGGCAGCCAGGUGGAGGAAGAUGAGAUGAGGAGGGAUGUGCAGAAAGACAUGCAACGUUACAGAAGGAGGAUACUUGCAGCAGAUUUCGCUCAGAGGGAGAGGAAGAUGUCUUCGGGCUCUUCUGAAAGCUGUGACUCAAAAGAGGGCGACAACAUAGAGAUGGAUGAAGCUGUGUUGCUGCGACGACAGAAACAGAUCAAUUACGGCAAGAAUACACUGGCCUAUGAUCGAUAUAUCAAGGAGGUUCCCAAACACAUGCGACAACAAGGCAUUCAUCCAAAGACUCCCAAUAAAUUCAAGAAAUACAGUCGGCGUUCCUGGGACCAGCAGAUCAAACUAUGGAAGGUCAAACUCCAUGCCUGGGACCCACCAGCCAAAGAGGGAGAAGACAAUGCCAAUGUUGAGGAGCUCAAUUUUGAGGAUGUUAUGGACAUAGAGCUGGACUUUCCUAUUUUAGCAGAUUCUGGGAAUGGUACAUGCUCUUUCACCACGCACAGCUUGUCACUGGAGGAUGACUGUGCAGGAACUCCGAACAAAAUACAGAAGACCGAAAAUACUGUAGAGCUUGACAUGGCAUAGGUCUUUGCCCACUCCUGCUGUUCGUAUACAUCUUAAAUAUUUUACUUUCACUCAACCCAACUGUAAAAUCCUUUCAUUUUUUCCUGAAAGUGUUCAAGGAUUAAAUCAUCCAAAUUUCUAGCUGAGAAGUACAUUACUAGAACCUUACUUGGAAUACGGAUAACUCAGGGAUUGUUUUGUUUUUUUAACAAUAUUAGAUUAGUUUAAUUGGCUUGUUUUGGUGUUCAUAGAAGCACUUGAAAUGCAUGCAACAUUGUUCUAAAAUGUUAAACUUUUAAUGAUUCGUUUGUAAAGUGUGAUAUCAUUGUGCAAAAAAGUGGGCGGGCACGCUUGUUGUUUUUUUGUGUUUUUCUCAAAUUAUUUUUUAAUAGAAAUGUUAUAUUUGCUUCUUGGUAAAGACUUUGAAAUAAA